AUGGCACCAACGAUUAAGAGUUCACUUACAACACUUCAUGAAGAAAUACGAAAAUACGAUAAAAGACGUCAUUGGAACACAAUUAUUCGCAAAAGUGCUCAUUUAAGUCUCGUCAGAAAUAUUUUCAAAAAGUUUUUCAGAAACGAAGACAAAAAUUAAACUACCGCCAUAUGUCCACUUUUUUGGCUUCUUCUGAAAACAUUUCAAAUAUUCGCGAUACCGUUGUUUUACUGGAAAUCAACAAAUUAUCGCAGAGUAUCCUGUCUUCUCGCAAUAUUUUUGAGCUGAGAAAACUAAAACCAACACGAAAAAUGGUUGAAAUCGAACAUUGUUUUGUGUCUAAAAAUGAUACAUUUGUUGCAUGCUCCAAAUUAAUUUCAAUGUUUCAUCUGGAAAAAUAUAUUGGAUCAACUAAUUGUGCAAAUAUACUGGAGUGGAUUACAAAAAUGUUAAACAAUGGUGGUUAUCAUAAAAUGAAGCCAUUUGUCUACAAAGAAGCUCCUUUCACUCGCGCAUUUCGUGCAUCUAAAGUUAUGAAAAAUGUGGAUCCAAAUGUGAAGAGGAAUAUUCAAACUUCAAUUGUGAAUAAUUUAAAAUCAGGAGUACACUGGUGGGCUCUGAUGGCUUUACGACAAGUUAUGAUUCCAAUUGUAAUUAAAGAAGAAAGAGUUUUGCUGUGGAGAGAUGGAUAUUUAAAUAUUUUAACAAAAGAAAUAAAGGAUUUCAAACAACGUUAUAUAGUUCAAAAAGCUCCGCAUUUUAUAAGACCGAAUGUUGCCACCUUCAAGCUCUCAAUUUCUCGUCAAAAAUUGCGACCUUUGUUCAAAAGAAAAGCAAUCGAUAAAAAAACAGAGACAAUGCAAUGGAAAAGGUUGAAUUCGAUGCUCUCAUGGUGUUUGGAAAGAAGUGGAGUUUACCGACAUACAAUCAGAGAUUCGUGUAAAAAAGUGUCAGAUUUUCUAAAGAAGAACUCACAAAACUCAAAAAUAAUUGGAUACACAGCAGAUGUUAGCAAAUGUUUCUCAACUGUUAAUCAUGACGUGUUGAUAUCAAUUAUUGACCGACUUUUUUCUCAAGAGCACGAUAUUUAUACGGUAUGUGGAAAAGGAAGAAAUCACGGAGGAUUUCAUAAAUUGAUAUUCUGUUCAGCUGGAACUGAGUUGAAUGCACAUGAGGCGCUUCGUCGAAAAAUGGAAUUGAAAGGAGUAUUCAAUUUUGAAGUUUGCUACCGAGAGAUGAGUUCCUCUACAACACUCUACAGUGUUAUUCGUACCACACUUUCAACGUACUACUACAAGCGUGGCCCAACAUCGUGGAGAAUUACAAAAGGAGUUCCACAGGGACAUCCUAUAUCUUCAAAUUUAGCACAUAUGUACCUCAAUAACUUUGAGCAGAAAUAUUGGAGCAACGAAAAAGAGGAUUCGAGAAUUGUUUUCUGCAGAUAUGAGGAUGAUUUCAUUUUCAUUACAACUGAAAAUUCUUUAUUCGAGAAGAUGAUGAAACCAUUAUCUACUGGCAAUAACACUCAUUUUUUGACGGCUAAUCCGAAAAAGUUCAAGAAAUCAGAGCGAUGUGGAGCAUCACAAGUCCUUCAAUGGUGUGGAGUGAAACUGGAUUUUCAAUCGGGAAAUUGCUUUAUUCGACGAAGAUGCAAAGACGGUGUGGCUCGUCAAUUUUUGAUAAAGUUGCAAUAAUUUUAAACAAGAUUUAUUUCGAUUCGAUUCGAUCGAGGCACUUACAAUAAAUAAUAAUAAUAA